ACCCGAGAUCCGGAGCCUGUCAGUUGCUGUUCAGUUCCAGAUCUUGCCCUAGCCGCAGAUAAACAACCGGUCGUCUCGAGACGAUUGACUUUCGUCGUCCGUCGGGGUUUUGAAAUUUGAAUUCCAAAGUCUCGUGCCUUUUUUUUCUUUUGUGAGACCAAGGUCCGGUCUGUUUUGGUUUUUCGACAGAUUCGUCUCGUUCAAACCUGUACGAACCCGAUAAUCCUUGCUCGUAUCAAGGAUCGGUGCAGGUUAAGUAUUUACCAAUCCAUCGACGGUCAACGAGCCGGUGAAAGAAAUCAACAGAAAAACGAACGCGAAUUCGUACCAUGUCUGAAGCCACUUGACAUCGAAAUUCUUUGCUAACAGUUGAAAUCCGUAAGUGGUAUUUUUUUUUAAUUUUGGCGGAACGCCCCAACAAACUGGAAGUUAUGAGAAAAGCUCAGGAUCAUCGGCAUUCAGUUUUGAACCAUUCUCACAAGAAGCGUCGUACCGAGGAUAAUAGUAACAACAGCAAUUGUAGUAGUACAAUUGGCAGAAAAAGUUGCAUGGAAACAGAUGAUUUGGUGUUUAUAAUUGAGAACAUCAAGAGUCAAAUUUGAAGAUAACGAGAUAAACAACGAAAACGAUUUACGGCGACCCGGAUCUUAUCUAGAUUUUGUUUUAAUUUCUAGACUUUCAACAUCGUAUACAAAAUGGGAAAAAUGCUUCCUCUUAUAUCCAGCAUCAGAGCGAACUUGCUCGAGAGCGAGAUAAUCUGGAAGAAACCUCGACGAAUACGUGGACGCAGCAACAACAACAACAGUCCGUUGUCUUCUCGGAAGCGUCGGAAAAAUUCUACCUCCAAUACUGCAGCAACAGCCAACGGACACUCUAAACACUCGGACAGCAACGACGAAAACAUCAACGAUACUCACCAACAGGAGCUAAGGCUAACUUCGGGGCACGAAGACCCUGAGGAGGGAACCACUUCGACAAAUCCCGACGAAAUGGUGGCCGGUGCCGGGAUACAAAACUUUCACUCCGAGUACCGGAACGAUCCGGUAGUCCGGGAGCUGCGAAGAGUCCGGGAGUUGAAUGCUCGCAGCUACGCCAAUGACUAUUCGCACGUGUUUCGAACAAAAUCCCGGUGGGAUUUUGUCCGCAUCUCGUUUGUCAUCAUGGGCAUGGAGUUCGUCUACUCGGCCGAGACGGCAUUUGUGUCCCCAAUCCUGCUCGGAAUCGGCGUCGAGCAUCAACUGAUGACGCUGGUGUGGGCCAUAUCACCUUUAAUUGGCUUCUUUCUGGCACCGAUUCUCGGAACCAUUAGUGACCAUUGCAGAUCCUCGCUCGGGCGCCGCAGACCGGUUCUCAUCGGAUUGGCCGUCACGUUGGUACUCGGCUGCAUUCUGGUGCCGUACGGUGAGAACUUUGGCCACUGGUUCGGCGAUUUGGGGGAGAUUUUUCCGGAGGUCACAAGCGAUGAUUCCGGCGUUACCGAAAGUGCCCGAUCCAAUCGGACUAUUCCCCGUGCAUACGAAUUCUACGCGGUGGAUAAUCAGAUUAUGGAGCAUGAGAUGCACUAUAAAUGGGCCAUAUUCUUCACCAUUCUCGGAACGCUUCUGCUGGAUUUCAGUGCCGAUACGUGCCAAACACCGGCCAGGGCUUACCUGUUGGACGUCUGCUUACCAGAGGACCACGGUCGUGCGUGUGCAACCUUCUCGAUAAUGGCCGGAAUCGGAGGGUGCGUGGGAUAUCUGCUGGGCGGCAUCAACUGGGACAACACCACUUUCGGUGAACUGUUGGGUGGAAGCAUCAAAACUGUCUUCACCAUAGUGGCAGUAAUUUUCAUAAUAUGUUUGAUACUGACGACAACCAGCUUCCGGGAGAUUCCACUGCCACUGAUGGAAAAGGACGAACUGCUGAGACCGCUGACCGAAUCCAUCAUCCAGAAAGAGCGGAACAAGCUGAAUGAUAAAAUUUACUACAUCAAGGAUGUGAGCAAAACUUUCGCCCAGCAGCUACAAACAACGAUCGAUAAUCAGAACGGAUCGCCACCGCAGUUGAUAAGUAAUGCGCUUUCGGAGGUAGAGAAAGGAGCAAAUGGGCACACAUCAAGCGAUGAGCUUGUGAACGUUGAGGAAGAGGAGAAAUCAACUACUUUGGUAGAUUUCCUCAAGAGCAUCUUCAUGAUGCCAAAAUCUAUAGCUUUGUUGUGCUUGACGAAUCUUCUGUGUUGGAUGGGGCACUUGAGCUUCUGUCUGUACUUUACGGACUUUGUCGGAGAAGAGGUUUUCAAGGGUAAUCCAGCUGCUGCAUCAAUAUCCGAAGAUUACCAGAACUACUUGCACGGAGUUCGGUACGGUUGUUUUGGGCUAGCAAUCUACUCUUUGGCCUGUUCCGGAUAUUCGUUCAUCAUCGAAAAGCUGAUCAAAGUGCUGAGAGCUCGAAUCGUGUAUUGUGGAGGUCUGUUGAUCGACGCCAUCGGCAUGUACUGUAUGGCAAUUUGGCCAAACAAGAUCACCGUGUUUGUCUUCAGCGGAACUGGUGGAAUCGUUUACGCUCUACUCUUUACGAUGCCUUUCCUGCUUUUAGGACAGUACCACGCAAAGGGACAGUUCAAAUCUCACAAACCUGGCCGACCGGAAGUACCAGAGAAAAAGCGAGGUUUGGCCAUGGAUAUUGCCGUCGUUGGAGGAAUGAUCUUCGUUGCACAAAUCAUCGUAUCACUCGGAAUUGGUUUCGUCAUUACGCUCCUCGGGACCACCGCGGCAGUUAUUUAUGCAGCAGGAACAUUCAGCUUUCUGGCAGCCAUUGCUGCCACUCAAGUUGUCUACAUGGAUUUGUAAAUGGCAACAAAACGCGGCCAGGACCACCAUCUCACUACUAAGAUUGCUCAAUCGUAGAAAUUCUAGUCGAUCACCGGUUGAUCGGAAAGUGAACUUCAGAUUGCCUUAAAAUGCGUUUUUCAUGCAUUUGUUUAUAUUGUAGUAAAGUAACUAAAUUAUAAUGAUGGAAGCAUUUUACGUUCUACAUAAUAUUAUGUGAUAAAGACUAGUUAAAACUUCGUGUGAAGGUUUAAGGUCACCUCAUAGAUUAAUCCAAUCAUAUAACAUAGGUUUUAAUAGAAUAUAAAUUGAAAUACUGUUAAUUAUGAAGCAUGUUUAAUAAAAUAACCAAUCAAAGAGAAAUCUAU